AUGCAGAUUCCACGCACAGCUGAACACGCACACGCGCGCGCACAGGAUCCAAAUCUCCACAGCCACGCACACGGAGCCGCACGACGUCGGCGGGGUCGCGGGCGGCUCCCUCCCAAGGAUGGUGCGGAUUCGACACCCCGUUCCAGGGUGACCCCCUUCUCCUCUCACCCUCCCCCCACCACCGCGACUGCCCCCGUGCUCAAUUUCGCUGACGAAAGACAACGUCCUGAACCUCCUUGA